GCUUGGUUACCUGAUCAUCACAGACAGCACCCGCUCUUGUGUACUAGUAGUAGUCACCCUUGAUAGUGAACACUGCUGAGCUGCUGUGAAUCACAAACAUUCACAUUCGACUGAACGAAUCUCUCGUGAAGCGACGCGGGGAAAAAAGCGGGAGGCGCGUGAUUGGCGCGCAAACCUCUCCCGCUCAGAGCGCGCGCGGCGGAUUCAGUUGCUCUCGCGCUGCUGCAGGGACGCUGGCUUCAAACGCGCGUCCAGAAACCGGAGUGAAAUACUGCUUUUAUCUACUUUUAUUGGAUGUUAAGAGAAGAUCAAUGUCUCCGCGGACUCGGUUGGUCAGCUCAUCCUGAUAUUUCUGAGAGAUGUCCGUUUAUACGCGGCGCCACAGACAGACUCCAGCGGACUGAACUUCUCAUCGUCUCACCAUGACCUUCUCCAGCUCUUUAUUUGCCCUCCUCUUCAUCAGCAGGUUUCUGGAGAACUCUCUGCUCAGCGCCGAGGUGAAAGACGGAGAGAUUCUUCCCCCGACCAUCAAGAAACUGAUGGAAGGAUACAACAAAUACCUCCGGCCUUUCUUUGACAAUGGUCCCGUCACGGUGGGCAUGAGUUUAGACAUCGCCAGCAUUGAUACGAUAUCAGAGAUCAACAUGGAUUACACGGCCACGAUCUUCCUCCGGCAGCGCUGGACAGACGAGCGGCUUGUGUUUGACGGUAAUAAGAGCUUGAGUCUGGACGGGCGACUGGUGGAGCUGCUGUGGGUCCCAGACACCUUUAUAGUGGACUCCAAGAAGUCCUUCCUGCACGACAUCACCGUGGAGAACCGACUGAUCCGGAUCUUUCCCAACGGAACCGUGCUCUAUGCGCUCCGGAUCACCACGACUGUGGCCUGUAACAUGGAUCUGACCAAAUAUCCGAUGGACAAACAGACGUGCACCUUACAACUGGAGAGCUGGGGUUAUAACAUCAAUGACGUGAUGUUUUACUGGGCGCGUGGGAACGACUCUGUGAGCGGUUUGGACACGCUGAGACUGGCUCAGUACACCAUAGAGGAUCAUUAUACCUCAGAAUCCGAGGCCGUUUAUGAGACGGGAAAUUAUCCCAAGCUGAUCUUUCAUUUCGAGCUGAAGAGGAGCAUCCUGUACUUCAUCCUGGAGACGUACGUGCCGUCCAGCCUGCUGGUGGUGCUGUCCUGGGUCUCUUUCUGGAUCAGCCAAUCAUCCGUCCCCGCUCGCAUCUGCAUAGGCGUGACGACUGUCCUGACGAUGACCACACUGAUGAUGGGUGCACGGACAUCUCUGCCCAACGCCAACUGCUUCAUCAAGGCCAUCGAUGUGUACCUGGGCAUCUGCUUCAGCUUCAUCUUUGGAGCGCUGAUAGAGUACGCUGUGGCCCACUUCUGCACGCUACACCACCCAGACUGCAACAACGCACUUAUGUACGGUCAUCACAUGCAAGAGUGUGAGGAGGAGAUGAAUGGCAUCGUCACCACCAUCGCCAGCAAUUCUUUACGGCUAAAGCGGCGCAAAGAAUCUCCGGCACCCACGCCCACCGCCGGUGGAGAGCCUGGCCUCGCACCCUCCAGCCCGACCGCCAGCGAACCCAAGACUGCCGAGGCCCCAGCAGAGCUCUUUAGCCGCUGUGCCAAAAACAUCUCCGUCCUGAGGAAGAUCCUGAGAUCCAUUAACUGCUGUCAUGUGGAAAACCCACAUUAUAUAGACAACUACUCACGGUUAACCUUCCCGCUGUCGUUCGUCAUCGUAAAUCUGCUCUACUGGACCUACUACCUGUACUUUUAACCAUCACAUCAUGUUGAAUCAUUUCUGUGUGUUAGUAAGUACGAUAAUUUAUGCGCGUGUGUCUGGAAGACCAGUAGAGACUCAACAGAGAAGGAGAAUUAUUAGGGUUGCACCGAUAUCAAAUCUCUCAGCCAAUACCAGUAGCCGAUUAUGGAGAAUGAUAUUUGCCAAUACCGAUAGCUGAUUAUUCAUAAUAAUACCUGCCAAUACCAAUAGUGAUUAUUCAGAAUAAUAUUUGCCAACACCAGUAGUGAUUAUUCAGAAUAAUAUCUGCCAACCCCAAUAAUGAUUAUUCAGAAUAAUAUUUGCCAACACCAGUAGUGAUUAUUCAGAAUAAUAUCUGCCGAUACCAAUAGUGAUUAUUUAGAAUAAUAUCUGCCGAUACCAAUAGUAAUUAUUCCGAAUAAUAUCUGCCGAUACAAAUAGUGAUAAUUUAGAAUAAUAUCUGCCGAUACCAAUAGUGAUUAUUAAGAAUAAUAUCUGCCGAUACCAAAACAAAUUAUUCAUAAUAAUAUCUGCCAAUACCAAUAGUGAUUAUUCAGAAUAAUAUUUGCCAACACCAGUAGUGAUUAUUCAGAAUAAUAUCUGCCAACACCAGUAGUGAUUAUUCAGAAUAAUAUCUGCCGAUACCAAUAGUGAUUAUUC